AUGACCUAUUACAUAGUGAUAAGAGAAAAAACGGAUAGCGACACGCCGGCAUUAUCGGAGCUGGUGAGAAACGGCUACGCAUCGAACGUAAACAAUGCAUGGAUAAACGCUUUAUUUCACGAAAUAACCUUCCAAUUCAUUAUUCUGAUAACGGCGCUGCUUUUUAUCUGUUUCGGAGUUCCGCUUUACUACAGCAUCGUAUCCGUUCCCGUAGUAUUGACCGGCAUAUAUUUCGCAAUAUAUUCGGCCUUUUUCAUGAAAGCGGCGCAGCUACUGUACGAGAAAAGGCCUUUAAGUUGUUGGGUAGCCGAAGCGUACGAACCUUACUUUUUCGCCAAAGAUCCCAAACAAUGCUGGUAUAAGAUAGUUGAUGAUGUAGAAGAGUUUCGUAGAGAAGUUAAGGAGGAACAAUUCCAACGAAGAAUAAUUGGUAGUGUAGCGGUAUCGCAGCAUUUCCAAAAGGAAGAAUCCUCGUGGUUGUUCAGAUUAGUAGUGGAUAAAAAGUAUAGAAGGAAAGGUAUCGGAUUGAGAUUGGUAAAUACGGCUCAAAGUUGGUGUAGAACUAACCAAUUUAACAGCAUUGAACUGGCCAUAAGUGAAUGCCAGGACGGUUGUCGAGAGUUAUUCAACAAAGCAGGCUUCGAAGUCGAACAACUCUACCACAAGCAGCUGUUCGGUAGAUUGCUGACCUUACAAAUGUUUCAAUUGAAAUGCGAAGUGCGAUCGACUUUUUAG